AUGACGAGUUCUAUCAAUGUGCUCAAAACUUGCCCUUUUUUCUCGUUUCUUUCGCCCAUUGACGUUGAUAAGCCCGUGUUUGCUAUCAGCGCCUCCCCCAGUCCACUCUCCCACCUCACAGGCCAGCAACAUGCGCUGUUCCAAGCACAUGUCGACUUCUUCGCGGGUGAAGAUGUCGGUCCUCAAUUCGUCUCACUCCCUUCAAACAACUACAGCCCCGUUAACUCAAAUAUGGUUGAGCAGUUUCGUGAUGAUGUUCGUAACCAGCCGGGUGAACGUUCGACAAGGGACAAUAUUACCUGUACCAAAAAGUGGGCUGCUGCCAAGUCCAUGGAGGAGGACAAGAUAUCUGUCUUCGAGCAGACUGGAAUAUUCAUCUUGGCAUGUCGGCAUGGCUUCGUGGAAUGUAUCACAGAGAUGAAGCGUAGCGGUGAACUCACGAAGUACGGACUUGCUGCUGUCAGCCGACUGCUUGAAGUCUGUGGUCAAGACCAAGGACUUGGCCAUGACAUUGGCUGCUCAUCGCGCAAAACUAUUGCUGCCAGUUCUAUUGGCAAUCUUGCCACCAGACUAAAUCUUGUUGUCGCUGUCAACGCUUUUCAUGGGUAUGCACACAAUUGCCCGGUGCCAGCUGCACCAUCAUCCACUUUACCUCCAAGGCUUCGGUAA